UUCAACGCCAAACGCUUUUUGUUUAAAACGCCAACGCAAAACCAGCGUUUUGUAAUCUUAUUGGCUAAAUCUCAAAAGAAAUGGGAAAAAACAAAUCUCCAGGCUAUUCCUUAUUUCUAGGCCAAAACUAUCUCCACGAUUCUAACAAACAAAAAUUACAGAAAUGUCAAUGUCAUCGUCCUCCUUUAUCUCUCUCACUUUCUUCUUCCUUCUUCUCGUUUCUUCAUCGUCAUCUUCCGAUGACAUCUCUGAGCUAUUCGACGACUGGUGCCAGAAACAUGGCAAAACGUACGGUUCAGAAGAAGAGAGGCAACAGAGGAUUCAAAUCUUUAAAGAUAAUCACGACUUCGUUACGCAACACAAUCUCAUCACUAACGCUACUUACUCUCUCUCUCUCAAUGCUUUCGCGGAUCUGACUCACCACGAGUUCAAGGCUUCUCGUCUUGGUCUCUCUGUUUCCGCUCCGUCGGUGAUAAUGGCUAGUAAGGGACAGAGUCUCGGUGGUAGCGUAAAGGUUCCAGAUUCUGUUGAUUGGAGAAAGAAGGGAGCUGUUACUAAUGUCAAAGAUCAAGGAAGCUGCGGGGCAUGUUGGUCGUUCUCGGCGACUGGAGCUAUGGAGGGAAUUAACCAGAUAGUAACAGGAGAUCUCAUCAGCCUCUCUGAGCAGGAACUGAUUGAUUGUGACAAGUCCUACAAUGCUGGCUGUAAUGGUGGUCUCAUGGACUAUGCUUUUGAAUUUGUCAUUAAAAACCAUGGAAUAGACACAGAGAAAGACUAUCCUUAUCAAGAACGUGAUGGCACCUGUAAGAAGGAUAAGUUGAAACAAAAGGUUGUGACAAUUGAUAGCUAUGCUGGUGUAAAAUCAAAUGAUGAGAAAGCGUUAAUGGAGGCUGUAGCGGCUCAGCCAGUUAGUGUUGGCAUCUGUGGAAGCGAGAGAGCGUUUCAGCUAUAUUCUAGUGGAAUAUUCUCUGGCCCGUGUUCGACAUCAUUGGAUCAUGCUGUGCUCAUAGUAGGAUAUGGUUCACAGAAUGGUGUUGAUUAUUGGAUUGUGAAAAACUCAUGGGGAAAAAGUUGGGGAAUGGAUGGGUUUAUGCACAUGCAGCGUAACACUGAAAAUUCAGACGGCGUUUGCGGAAUCAACAUGCUUGCUUCAUAUCCCAUCAAGACACAUCCAAACCCGCCUCCACCGUCCCCUCCUGGCCCUACAAAAUGCAACCUUUUCACGUAUUGUUCAUCUGGAGAGACUUGUUGCUGUGCAAGAGAAUUGUUUGGUUUAUGCUUCUCAUGGAAAUGCUGCGAGAUAGAAUCCGCUGUGUGUUGCAAGGAUGGUCGUCAUUGUUGUCCACAUGAUUACCCUGUUUGUGAUACAACCAGAAGUCUCUGCCUUAAGAAAACUGGUAAUUUCACUGCGAUCAAGCCCUUCUGGAAGAAGAAUUCUUCAAAACAACUUGGCCGAUUUGAGGAAUGGGUUAUGUGAGAGAAGUUUUACGCACAUGUUACAGAAAAUUCAAACUCAUCCAUACAAAAACCUCGUAGAUUCGAUUAUCUGCGAGGGGAUUAUUUGUAGCUGUUAUUGAGAUAGAUAUAUACGAUAUCAUCACGGAUGUAUUUUUAGUCUCUCAUUUGGAUGUAUACAACUUCUGAGUCAAUAAAGGACACUUGCAGGACAAGCACAGUAUUUGUAUCUGCAAGACACAUAAAGUAAUAAGAGUAUCAUCUAUGUAUAUUAUAGAGAGACUAAGCUUCACUGUU